AUGUCACAACCAAACCUAAUUCGCGACCUAACCAAUAGUCUGAGAUCAUAUAAGACACAGUUAGAUUCAGCUAACCAACAAUUAGCACAUUUAGAGAAACAAGAGAAGAUUGCACAACUUACAGCAAAUGAAUUGGGUUCAUAUCCAACGGAUCAAGUAUGGAGAUCAUGUGGUAGAUCAUUUAUCUUACAGGAUAAAUCAAAAUACAUAGCUGACCUAGAACACGAUGAAGGUAUUAUAAAGGAUCAAAAGAAGAAUCUAACCAUAAAGCAAAAAUACUUGGAGACAAGUGUAGAGAAAGUUGUGGAUAAUUUGAAACAAUUUAUGGAGAAAGAAAGUAAAUAA